CUCUGCCCACUAAGACCUGGACAUUUGUCCUGGAGGUGCAUGCCUGGAACUCAUCAAUGGCCACUGGGACCUUGAUGGCUGAGGGCCAGGAAUCGGUGACCUUUAAGGAUGUGGCCGUGGACUUCACCCUGGAGGAGUGGGGCUGGCUGGGGCCUGGCCAGAGGGAGCUGUACCGGGAUGUGAUGCUAGAGAACUACCAGAACCUUCUCUCACUGGGGGCAGGGCUUCCUGGGGCCAAGCCCGACGUGAUCUCCCGUCUGGAGCGAGGGGAAGAGCCAAGGAUGGAGGAGAGAGAAGCCCAGCGGGUUAUUUGUCCAGACUUGGAGACGAGCUCUGUGUCUACUCAGGAAACGCCACCAAAAAAAAGCAUUUCUGAAGAGUCAAUAUCCCUCAUGGGAAAGAUGCAGGGAACUGUGAAGAGUGUGUUUGGAGAUGUCAAGUUGGGAGAAUCCUGGGCAUGUCACUGUUGGUUAGAGGACCAGGGAAACCAGGAAAAACCCUUAAGGUGUCUGUUUUCUACUGCUAAGGAAAUUCCCUCUGGGGAGAGAGACUUUAGCUGUACUGAGCUUGGGAGAAGCCUCAGGUUGACUUCAGCCCUUGUCAGGAAGCAAAGAGUGGCUGGUGGAGAGAGAAUCGGGAAAUGGCAUGGGCCAAGAAAGAGCUUGAAAUACCAGAGGACCUUCGUGGAGAAGAAACCAUUUCACUGCACGGAAUGUGGGAAAGCCUUCACUUACCAUUCGGACUAUAUUCUCCAUCAGAGAGUUCACACUGGAGAGAAACCCUACAAGUGUAAUGAUUGUGGGAAGGCAUUCAGCAACAGCUCCUAUUUCAUCCAGCACCACAUCAUUCACACAGGAGAGAAGCCCUACUCAUGCAAUGAAUGCGGUAAGACCUUCACCCAGAGCUCAUCACUCACUGAACAUCAGAGGAUUCACACUGGAGAGAAACCCUACAAAUGUAAAGAGUGUGGGAAGGCCUUCACGCAGAGCUCCUCCCUCAUUAAACACCAGCGUUGCCAUACUGGGGAGAAACCCUAUAAAUGCAACCAGUGUGGGAAGUUCUACUCACAGGUUUCCCACCUCACCCGCCACCAGAAAAUCCACACUGGGGAGAAGCCCUACAAAUGCAGUGAGUGCGGCAAGGCCUUCUGCCACACUUCCUCCCUGACCCAACACCAGACGAUCCACACUGGGGAGAAGCCUUAUAAAUGUAACGAGUGUGGAAAAACCUUCAGCCACAGUUCCUCCCUGACUCAGCAUCAGCGAGUUCACACUGGAGAGAAACCCUAUGAGUGCUCUAACUGUGGCAAAGCCUUCAGCCACAGUUCUUCGUUGACUCAGCAUCAGAGGAUUCACACUGGUGAGAAGCCCUAUGAGUGUAAUGAGUGUGGGAAAGCUUACACACAGAUUUCCCACCUCAUGAGGCACCAGAGUAUUCACAUGGGGGAGAAACCUUACAUAUGUAAUGAGUGCGGGAAGGCUUUUAGUCAUACCUCAUCUUUUACUCAACACCAGACUAUUCAUACUGGCGAGAAGCCCUACAAGUGCAAUGAAUGUGGGAAAACUUUCAGCCAGAACUCUUCCCUCACACGCCACCAAAGGAUUCACACCGGGGAGAAGCCCUAUGAAUGUAAAGUCUGCAGGAAGGCCUACACCCAGAUUUCACACCUCAUUCAGCACCAGAGGAUUCACACUGGAGAGAAGCCCUAUGAGUGCAGUGAGUGUGGGAAAGCCUUCAGCCGGAGUACCCACCUUAUUGAGCACCAGAAAAUCCACACAGGUGAGAAACCCUAUAAGUGUAAGGAGUGUGGGAAGAUGUUCAGUCACAAUUCAUCCCUCACUCAACAUCAGAGGAUUCACACUGGUGAGAAACCGUAUGCCUGUAAGGAAUGUGGGAAAGCCUUCAAUCAGAGCAUCCACCUCAUUCAGCAUCAGAGAAUUCAUACUGGAGAGAAACCGUACAAGUGUAACCACUGUGGGAAAACCUACACCCAGAUUUCACACCUGAUUCAUCAUCAGAAAGUUCACAGCAGUGGCAACCGCUAUGCAUGCAAAGAAUGUGGAGAGGGUUUCAGCUGGAAUUCACACUUUACUGAACAUCAGAGACUUCACACUCGGCAGAAAGCCUAUGUCUGUGAUGAUUUUGACAAAGCCUUUGCUUGGAGCACACAGCUGGCUGAACAUCAGAGAACUCAUGCUGACUAGUAAUCUACCAGAGUGUGCUGUUCAGUGAAGUUCAACCUUCAUCAGCACUAGUGACUUCCUUAAAGAGAGGAACCCAAAAACUAUAUAUUCAGACAAGUUUAUUUCCUACAGGGAGGAUGGCACAGUUUACCACCAGCUGGGAAAGUUUCUGAUCACUUUGCAGCUUCAACCCACAUUAUUUCCUCAAUCCUAUAGUGUCUCUAGGUGGUGGUAUGGUUAGGGAGUAGUCUAAAUCAUCUGAGAUCUUUAAUAAGAACCGUUAUCUCUGAGCUUUUAAAAUUAUUAAUCAUACAUUAAGAUGGAGUCUGAAUACUCCAGGGGAGGAAAAAACCCCAGAGCUGUAAAGAUUAACCCUUUAGAGUAAAAAAUCAUAAAUAUAUGUAGCUAAAUAUAAAUGCUAGAUUUAAUUUCCUUUAAGACUUUAAACUACAGUUUUCAUAAUCUGUGGUUGGCUUAAACACUAUCUUUCACAUGUUUACAACUAUUUUUUAUGUCCUAUUGUUUCUGUCUUUUACAUUUCCAGGAUUUAAGCUUUACAAAGAAAUUGCCCUAUUAAACAUUACUUUCACCUGAUUUUAUUCAUGGCCAAUGGGAGGUUUUUCUUUCCUCAUACUUUUGAAACAUAGUAUUUUUUUAAUUGUGAAAAUAAUAUAUUGGUACUUUUGUAACAGGAAAAAUGUAUACAGUAAAACCUGUGAAAGCCAAAACCUGCGUAAAGCAGAAACCCAUCAGAGAACGAAAAUUAAAAUAUUUCCCACUAAAACAAGGGAUAGAAAAGUGGUAAGACUGCACACUGUCAAAGGCAGAAAACUUGCAAGACUCAGAAAAACAAGGCAAUCCCAUCGAGUUCAGGCUCUCACAGGUUUCACUGUAAUAAUGUGUGCUCAUUGUGAAGGGAAAUUUGGUAAGUAUAGACAAAUAUGAACAAUAAGAGCAAUUUCCCAUAAUCCUACCGCCCAGAGAGACUCACUAGGCAUUUAUGGAGUGUAUUCCUUUCUGGUUUAGUUUUGCUUUGCAUUCCAUAUCCAUAUUUUUAAUUGUUGGAAAUUUUGAAUCAAACAAUAAAAGCCAUAUGCUCACCUACAAUUUAGCCACACUCAGAAGUCAUAUUGUUUUUAGUUUUUUGUGUUUCUUUCGAAGUCUCAUUUAUAAAUAAAUGUAACCUUAUUUCACUGUAGUGUGUUCAGACAAUUUCAGCUUCUGCAUUUCAUGUUCAUUCCAUCAUCACUGUAGUAAUGAGAUUUCAUUGAGUGGGUAUAAUCUACAAAUCCAUUUCCCUGUUUAGGUUUUGCUCUAAGCCACAGGUUAUUUCUCUAAUGAAUAAUGGUAUAAUGAGCAUUUCUGUGCUUGUUAGUUCCUCCCUCCUUUUGGGAGAAUUAUUUCUGUGAAUUGAAUUUCCAGGGAAUGAUAGUAGCCAAGACUCUAACCAUUCUCCUAAUUCUGGGAACAUUUUGCCAAAUUGUGUUCCAAUGGGGCUGAACUUAACCUACCUGCCACAAGCAGGGUCUAAGAAUCACCGUUUCACUAAUUUUCACCAGCACUGGGUGUCAAUCAUUUAAUUUCUCCCCCAAUGUCAAACAUGUAAAAUAGCUAGUGCUUUCAGUAUGCUUACUGUGUAUAGACUCUAAGUACCUGGCAUAUAUGAACUCCUUUCAUCUUCACGGCAGCCUCCCCUGUUGGUGCUGUAUUGUCCCAUUUUACAGAUGAGUACACUGAGGUACAGAGACGUGAAGUGGCCAUAGUCUUACAGCCACAAAAUCAUGGAAUUUGGACUUAACGUGGAGCCCAUGAACUGACCUCUACUACAUUAUAUUGGGAUUAAACAUAUCUCACAUGUAAUAUUUCUUAAAAUAAUACUUCUUGUCUUCUGUUGUUGUUGUUAACUGCCACUGAGUCAAUUCCAACCCAUGGCGACCCCA